UUUUGGGUGAGCGCUCGUGUGGCCGGAGCAACGCCCCGGAACGGGAGCGGAGCCGCGCCAUCCGUUACCACCGGAGCGACGUCACCACAGCCUCAACUCAAACCCAUCCUCCACCACCAGCCAGCCCGCCCCUCCCCCGUCCGCCCGCGCCCGCGCCCGCGCCCUCUGCUGCUUCCAACGCACGCGAGCCCCGCAUCCGCAUCCGCAUCCGCAUCCGAGAAUCGGCACACGAUCCCUGCGCCACUUGUCCCGUCACCCAACCCCACCCCCGCAGUCCGCGCCUCCGCUCGCCCGUCGGCCAACGCCCGGCGCGCGAUGAGAUGAGAUGACGCCGCCGCGCGGCGGUGCUCGGCCUCGCAUCCCUCACGCGCACCAGCACUCGAGCACGUCUGGAUUCCUCCUCCCAUCCCACCCAGCAUUUAUUCCCUCCCCCACGGCAACGCUCACGCUUCCGUCGUCCCGUCUCGUCACAUCCGGCUGCUCGCCUAUUUAAGGUGCGCGGGCUGAGAGCCAGCGAUAAUGCUCUCCUCCAGGAAGCCGCUCGCCGCCGCUCUUCAUCUCGCACCCCUCUCGCCUCCACUGCUUCUCUUCUUCGCGUCCGCGUCCGCGUCCUCGUCGUGCUCUCCCGCCGCGUGGGCCUCCGGCCCGAGAGGUACCCGUAUCCGGGCAUUCGUGAAUUCAAUGUCGUUUCGGGUGGAUUUUCUCGGGGGACUGCGAAUUUUGCGGUUUUCUCGUGGUGAUUUGUGCGACCGUUGUAGUGCUGUAAGGAUGGACAGCGGCGCGGUAGAGCCAGCAGCCACUGGGGCAGUAUGGUCAACGCCUUCGGCAGAACCGAGAAGCAUUUCUAUCGGGAAGGAGAUAUUCUGCAAUAGGUCACUCAACAUGAGGAACAUCACAGCAGUGGGAUUUGAUAUGGACUACACUCUUGCUCAGUACAAGCCUGAGACCUUUGAGACCCUUGCUUACUAUGGUACAAUAGAGAAGCUUGUGAAGGAUCUGCACUACCCUGAGGAGCUGUUAAGUUGGGAGUUUGACUGGAAAUAUAUGGUCAGAGGACUAGUUCUUGAUAAGAAGAGAGGAAAUAUCUUGAAGAUGGAUCGGCACAAGUAUGUAAAAGUUGCAUACCAUGGAUUUGGGGAACUGUCAAAGGAAGAAAAAGUUGCUGCUUACGGGAGUACACUGAUAAGAGAUUCAUUUGAUGAACCUGAUUACGCCCUUAUAGAUACGCUUUUCUCAUUGGGUGAAGCCUAUCUAUUUGCUCAGCUUGUUGAUUUCAUGGACAGAAAUCCUGGAAAAUUACCUGCAGGCACUGACUAUCCACUUAUGUAUAGAGAUGUGAGGUCUGCGGUUGACUUGUGUCAUCGUGAUGGAACUUUAAAGAAGAUGGUCGCGAAGGAUCCUGGCAGGUACAUCAAUGAGGACUUGGCAAUUGUACCAAUGCUUGAAAUGAUUAGAAAAUCUGGACGCUCAACAUUCUUAGUGACAAAUAGUUUGUGGGACUACACCGAUGUUGUCAUGAACUACCUUUCUGGACCAUACACUUCAUAUGUAGGCUCUGGUCUCAACCACAAGUGGCUUGAAUAUUUUGAUGUUGUAAUAACAGGAAGUUCAAAGCCAAGCUUCUUCCAUGAUGAUAACCGUGCAGGACUCUUUGAAGUUGAGCCUGAUUCCGGAAAACUUCUAAAUGCUGAUAUUCAGAUUGGAAGCCCAAGAUCAAGUCAUCAGCAAACAAAACCAGUUCACAAAGUUUACCAGGGAGGUAAUGUCGGUCAUCUUCACAGAUUACUUUCUGUUGCUUCUAGCUCGCAGAUCCUCUAUGUUGGUGAUCACAUAUAUGGAGAUAUUCUGCGCAGCAAGAAAGUUUUGGGUUGGCGGACUAUGCUGGUGAUACCAGAGCUGGAGGAAGAGGUGAAACUUCUUUCAGAAUCAAAGUCUACUCGAAAGGAGCUUAGACAUCUUAGGAUGGAGCGUGAUUCAAUCGAAGACAGAAUCCAUCAUCUCGAAUGGUCUCUCAAAUUUGAAGAUCUUACAGAAAAUCAGAAAGAAAAGUUGUUCUCUGAACAUGAAAAUCUACUGCAAAAGCGAGAGCAUGUUCGCCACCUUCAUCAAGAGGCUCAGAGGCAACAUCAUCAGAAGUUUCAUAAGGUGUGGGGACAGCUGAUGAAGACUGGGUACCAAAAUUCCCGAUUCGCCCAUCAGGUUGAGAGAUUUGCGUGCCUGUACAGCAGCCAGGUUACAAACUUCGGUUUGUAUUCCCCCAACAAGUACUAUCGUCCGAGCGAAGAUUACAUGCCCCAUGAGUUCGAUGUGCUUGGGCUGUAGGAGCAGUCUCUGCUGGUGUUCUAAGUUCCCUGUUGUAAUUGACCCGCAGCUGGAUAGGAGGGUGAUUUUAGUUGGCAUUGAAUAAACAAAUGUAGUUGCAGCAUUACCCCUGAACAAUGAUGAAGUUUAUCGGGUGAAAGCUUCACCCAUUCGACAUAUUACCUGAGAGGAAAAGAAGGGAAGGUUUAUCUAUAGUGGCUAUAGAUUCGUAUAGAAGAACAGUAAUUUUACCUGUAUCUUUUUGUACAUAACAAUGUCUUAAGCAGAAGCAAAGGAAAGCAAUGUCGAUCA